UUGACACCGUGUAAGAUGCAGUGCGACCGCAACAAGGAUUCAUGAAAUAGCUUCUCUGGUCCACGCAGAGGAAAGCUGAGCACGAGGCGAGGGAGGAUGUCGUGCAGGGGUAAUGGGGGACUUUGACGAAGCAUGCACACCGAUGCAGGUGUAAUAGGCACAUCCGCAUGCAUUCACAGCCGCAUCAGCACCGCUGCACGGAGAGACACCGAGGAGGCUGAGUCUCGCAUUCCCUCUCUCACACAAACAAUAGACGCACGCGCUUUCUGCACGCGCCCACGCUAAACGCAAAGCGGUGUAACGGCGCGUGGAUGUUAGCAGUGAGACGCUCGAGGACUCAUCCCAAGGAGAGGACGCAUCCCGAGGUACGCCGUAAAGACCUCCUGUCCCUCAUCAGAGAACUGGAUACAGAGCUGUCUGAAUCUUCGUCUGUCACGAAUGGAACCCUCUUAAGGUGGACGUUGUAGAUUAAAUAUACAUGUCCCAAAGGAGCGCUGCAGUGGCAAGCAGCAGACCAACAGCCAUAAAUCAACACCGGAGGACUUUGAUUUCUCCAUUAUCGCUUCCUGUAGCGACAACAGAGGAACAGGCGUGCUGACAUGCCGAUGUGCACCGUAGGAUUCUAUUUCUGGAGCCUCAUUGCUUUUACAGAUUAAAUGCCCUCAAUAUGGCCCCAAUCCGAUCAUUGCGCCACUAGUUUGAGUGCUGACGGAGGUUGUGAAUAUAUUCAAGAUUCAGAUCACCCUAUUGUGCGUCAGUCCAGUCGUCUGAAAGAUCGCUGCCUUUGAAAAGCAGUGCAAACAAACACCGUGACUGUAUGUCACAACAGACUGAAAGUCAUUUUCGUUAUUCUCCUUACAAUCAUUUCACAGCUCACGAGGCAUUACCUAUUUCCAUCCAAACAUUUCAGGAGAUGAUUGACAUUGAUGCUAAUGACGUGACAUUGUGCCUAGAUUAAGACUUCAUGUUUUAUUGCAUGAGACAUUUUCCAUGAGUUCCUGAAGGAAAAAUCACACUGAAAUCCCAUUGCCGAGUGUUUUCAUUAGCCUGUCUGGGGCUAAUCAAGGUCCUCCAUCAUCUGAAUUGACAUUUCCAUAUUGCAUGAGAUAGAGAGUAGCCGACAUUAGCAUAUUCAUGAACACUGGGGCACUCAAUCAUGUGAAAUGGAAGACGUGGGGCAAACCCUGAGCCAUCAAGCCCCAGAACAAAUAGUUUAUGACAUGUGAGGAAAAGAGGAUCCUGAAUCCCUCAUCACAACUUCAGCACAUCCCAUAGCACAGGAGAAGGCUAACUGUGGCACACUGAGGAUCAUUUUUAUAAACCUGGCAUGGGUUGUUGGCCUCUGGACCAAGCCCUACAACAAUAGAAAAAUUAAAGAAUAGGAUUAAAGAUGGAUUAUCGCUGAAAGCCACCAAAGCAGCUGCCUCUGCAUAAACCCCUCGGACUCUCUCCAGGGAGACGCUCCGCAGACUGAUUAGUAGAUUGUUUGGCUGUUGAUGUGGUGGCCUCUUGUGCCGUUGGUAUUCAAACAGAGGGAUGGAGAAUCUAGAUGAGCUGGAGCACCCUCUUCUGGGAGAAAUCCCCAAUAACAGCCGGGCAUCUGGGCCAGGAUUGGGGCCCGGGACAGGACAGAACCCUGGCGGGAUGUUCAAGGGCAUCUUGGUUAAGUGUGAAGAGGACAGGGCCUACCCUCCCUUAGCAUGGAGGGGCUAUUGUGGACAUCCUUCUGAGCAUCAGCAGCAGCAGUUGCUGGACCCCUGCGCCUUGCCUCGCACUCUGGAGUCCUUUUACCCAUCGGCACCUAUUUGGGGACAUUCAGACUCCCUGCUUAACAAGGACUACCUGGAGACCACCUUUGUGGACAUUCGGCCCGGCUCCACACUGGAGAGGAAGCUGCUGGCCGAGAGGCAGGACUACCACAGUGAGUCCUACAGCAUUGAUGAUGAGGACGAUCUGCUCCCGGACUCUGACGACUCAUCCAUUGAAGACUUCAGUGAUACAGACAGUGAGAGCAACUUCCCCCUGAUGAUCCCUCAGGACUACCUGGGCCUGGCCUUCUUCUCCAUGCUCUGCUGCUUCUGGCCCCUGGGCAUCGCUGCCUUCUACCUCUCACAGAAGACCAACAAGGCAUCGGCUCAGGGUGAUUUUCAGGGGGCCAACGCUGCGUCUCGCCAAGCUCUGUGGCUCUCGGUGCUCUCCAUCGUGUUCGGAAUCAUAACCUACAUUUGCGCCAUCGCUGCGUUGAUUUCCUACCUGUCUGGCAAACCACCUUAAGAGCAACUCAUUCAGAAGAACACACACACACACACACACACACACACACACACACACACACACACACACACACACACACACACACACACACACACACACACACACACACACAUCUAAACAUGUCACAGACACAGUGUAUCACCUGUAUAUGUAAUAUAAUCAGUGUUUGUCCGUCGGCCAUAUCUGCAGUCAUGUUUUUAUCUGCACCGCGCUGGGAAAAAGACUUAGAUUAUAAUCACGUAAUUGGAUUAGGACAUAAUUCAAGUCAGAGGACAUUCUUCGGACGUGAGGAAAAGCCCUUGAACACCACUCCAUUUAGAAGUCUGUAAAUUUGAUUCUUUCAGUCGCCCGAGGACUUAAGUUCUGCCAUCCCUUAAAUCUGUGCUGUAGUCGUCUUCAAACAUUACUGAAUAAAAAAACUUUAAAAAGUGCCAUGAAAAGAACAACAACACUGUAGAUAUCACUGUCUCAACAACGGAGAGGCCGAGAGAGAGGGGACAUGCAGCUGUGAGCGAAGGGUGGUGUACGGCGACGGACGCUGCUGAUUUACCAGAAGGUCGCAACAAGGACGAGGCAGGUGCUAAAUCCUGAUUGAGUUUGCAGUUUUUUAGAGCUCCGGAGCUUUUUACACAAGGUUCCAGAAGUUACUAUCCAAUACAGUGGUGCAGUGAUGAGUCCGGAAAAGAAUUAUCAUUUACCGCUUCAAGUUCCAUCUUCUGGAAAUCAGCGGGUUUAUUUACGCAUUUGUGGUUGGGAGCCUGAAAUAAGGUCUGUGGUUAACACACGCUGGAGAGAUUUUCACUUGUUGCUUAAUGCAGUAGUGUUAUUUUUAAUCUGAAAUAAGUGUGCCACCUCAUUUCUACCCAAGUGGUCUGAAUAAACUACUAAAAAUAAUCACUCCGAACUUUAGCCGCCUAUAGCUUAGCGGUGGUGAUGCGCAGCCAUGCGACCUGCUUUAGCUCGUUUAAAUAGGUUAGCAUUAGUUUUUUAUUUCUGCCGAUUGAUUUACGUUUAAGUGGAUUUUAUAUAUGGAGAUGAUCCUGCUAAACAAUAAUGUGGAGGUAUCAAGUGUGUUUGCAUCAAAGCUUAUUUAUGCAAUAUACUGAGAUCCAAUGGAAAAAUCCCAUUGCUUUUUGUCAAAGGAGUCCUUGCGAUGCUAACUUCCAGGUCAGCCUACAGAAACACAUCCUCACUGCACCACUCCAGGGACCUUCAGGAACGGCUGCACUUCCAGAUCUCACAUUCUUUAUCUGUUAUUGUUUACCUGCAGAAAGGACUGCUUUGUUCAAUGCCAGUCUAGUGAGUUAUCCUUAUGUCGAACACACUGACAAAACAUACAGUGCCGUUAUAUAAGAAGAUACAUAUUAAUGAGGCAAAUGGAAAGUCGUGAUGUGAACCACCGGCUCGACACAGAAAUAAAGGAGCUGCUUUUGCAUACAGUGCUGAGAAGCGGAUGACAGAGGGUGCAGACCUGCGAGAAAAAGUGCCAAAAAUAUGAGAAGAAACUCUUAAAGAUGAUCCUUCUAUGAGCUGUUCCAUUAAUAGAAGCAAGCAAGCUGCCACUCCACGCUCUCUAAAAAUAGACUGUGAUCGUUUCUCCACUAAAAAAGACGACUGGAAUCCUUCAGGAACUUGCUGAACUUGAAAAUUAAGCUGUCUACUUAAGCCUGUGUAAGCAAACUGUUCAGAUCAGGAAAAGGGUAGAAAUAUGAAAAAGUUGGCUGGCAGGACACGCCAUGAGUCAGAACGAUCUCCAUUUGGGUCACGACUGAACAGGGCCGCUGCUAAGCUUUUGGAGGCCCUAAGCAUAAUUGCUUUAUGCUUACACAUUUAUGCUUUAUUACAUUACAUUUCGGGGAAGGGGUGGGGGGGAAGGGGCUUCUUUUUACAUAUUAGGUAAAAACAUCUAAUUUGCCCGAAUUGAGGGAUAGGGUACAUACUUUUGUGUAAAAAUGUAAUGAUUAUGACUUUUUUCAAUCUUAAUUUACGCGCUCUGCGUACUCUGCGUAUAGGGAGCGGCGGCCCUGCGACAGAGACAUGCACGGCCAGUUUGUAAACCUGCUCCAAGCUUCCGUCACGUCCUUUAUUUGAAAAAAAAAACCACCCAGCUUUGAUAAAAGGAAAGAACUCUUGCCAUAUUGGUUUGAGCUCAAAUGUGCCAUUAAAAAGAAGCUGUGAACCUGAAAUAAAUAUUUUAAAAAAUGACUCUAAAAGGUACAAGUGGACAUUUUCUAUUGAGAUGUAUAGUUUUUAUAGAGUCCCUGGCUUAACUGCAAACACUGUGUUUCCUGCAAACCCAGUGUUGUAUCAAGACUGAGCUGAUGAUGCAUUAUGGGUCCUGUGUGUGUUGUUUGUGGACACACCUGUGAUGUCAGUGUCUAACCCUGUCCACAGUGAUGUCUCGGAGGACCCUUUGUUGUUACAGCUAUUACUUAUUUAUAUGAGAGUUUAAUGUGGACUGUCAUGGGACGGGCUCCAGUCAGAUUUGUAUCACAUGUAUAGAUAAUAAAAAGGUCAAAGGUUGUGAAAAAUGAGAUGUAUUAAUACAAGAGUUCUUGUAUAACAUGUACAUAUUAAACUGAAAGAAAACUCCAUGAAUCCCAAUAAAUGCACUUG